CGGCGACCACAGCGGCAGUAACACAGAGGCCAGAGUUCACACAGACUCGCUCUGUGAUUGAUGAGGAUUAAGAAACCGACUUUGCCUGAUAGGGAACACAGGAACGUCCUCAUCCACACUGAGUAAAGAACUUUUAAUGGCGUCCCGGUAGAGACAUCAAGAUGAACACAUUACCAUCGAUGGACCGGCACAUCCAGCAGACCAAUGACAGGCUGCAGUGCAUCAAACAGCACUUACAGAACCCGGCCAACUUCCACUCAGCAGCCACAGAGCUGCUCGACUGGUGUGGAGAUCCCCGGGCCUUCCAGCGACCUUUCGAGCAAAGUCUCAUGGGAUGUCUGACGGUGGUGAGUCGCGUCGCUGCUCAGCAGGGGUUUGACUUGGACCUUGGCUACAGGUUGCUGGCUGUGUGCGCCGCCAACAGGGACAAGUUCACUCCCAAGUCUGCAGCCCUGCUGUCGUCGUGGUGCGAGGAGCUGGGUCGCCUCCUCCUGCUGCGUCACCAGAAGAACAGGCAGAACGAACCGCAGGGAAAAGUCCCCAUGCAGCCCAGCAUGAACAGCAUGAAGCCCGGCCUCACACACAGUGAUGGAUCCUUUCCCUACGACUCUGUCCCUUGGCAACAAAACACCAACCAGCCCCCUGGGUCGUUGUCUGUGGUUACAACAGUGUGGGGCGUGACCAAUACAUCACAGAGUCAGGUGCUAGGUAACCCAAUGGCAAAUAGCAAUAACCCCAUGAAUCCUGGAGGUAACCCUAUGGGAUCAGGUAUGUCUGCCAGCGCAGCAGGACUCAACUCACCCCAGUUCAAUGCUCAGCAGCAACAGUUUCCUAAUAAAGGAGGCUCCAACCAACCGUACAUGCAGCAGGGCAUGUACGGCAGGCCAGGCUACCCUGGAGGUCCUGGGGGAUACAGCGGGAGUUAUUCUGGAGGCCCAAACGCCCCACCAGGUGGUAUGGGAAUGACCUCCCACACACGUCCUCCCGGUGACUUCACUCAGCCAGCCGCCGCCGCUGCAGCUGCUGCUGUCGCUGCCGCUGCUGCCACGGCAACGGCCACGGCAACAGCCACGGUGGCAGCUCUGCAGGAAACCCAGAAUAAAGAUAUGAACCAGUAUGGACAGAUGUGUUCGUCGUUCCAAAUGGGCCCCGCUCAGACCUACAACAGCCAGUUCAUGAACCAGCCAGGCCCACGAGGCCCCCCUGGAGGUAUGAACCCAGCCAGCAUGGGAUCAGGCAUGAACAACCCUAAUAUGAGCGGGCCUCCCAUGGGCAUGAACCAGGCUCGAACCCCAGGCAUGGGGCCUUUUGGAGCUCACGGCCAACGGAUGCCUCAGCAGGGGUAUCCUGGUGGACCUAGACAGGGCAUACCCAUGCAGGGGAUGAAGAGGCCAUAUCCUGGAGAGGCAAGCUACGGGGGCCAGCAGUACGGGCCGAACAGUCAGUUCCCACCACAGCAGGGGCAGUACCCCACAUCAAACACCUCCAGGCCGCUGCCGUCUCCUAACUACCCCAACCAGAGGAUGCCAGGGCAGCAGGGCCAAGGACAGUACCCACCUGGCAUGCCCAUGGGCCAGUACUACAAGCAAGAGCCCUUCAAUGGUCAGAGCACCAACUUCUCUGGAGGUGGAUACUCCUACGGCCAAGGCAACGGGCCCCCCAGGCCCGGCAACUACCCCCACUCCCCGGUCCCUGGAAACCCCACACCCCCUAUGACCCCAGGAAGUGGUAUUCCUCCUUACCUGUCGCCAAACCAGGAUGUGAAGCCCCCGUUUCCACCCGACAUGAAACCAAAUAUGACGGCGCUACCGCCCCCUCCGACUAACCCCAACGAGGAGCUGCGGCUGACGUUCCCAGUCAGGGAUGGAGUGGUGCUGGAGCCGUUCCGCUUGGAGCACAACUUGGCCGUCAGCAACCACGUCUUCCACCUUCGACCCUCCGUCCACCAGACCCUCAUGUGGAGGUCAGACCUUGAGCUCCAGUUUAAGUGCUACCACCACGAAGACAGGCAGAUGAACACUAACUGGCCUGCCUCCGUCCAGGUCAGCGUCAACGCCACGCCCCUCACCAUCGAGAGGGGGGACAACAAAACCUCCCACAAACCCCUGCACCUGAAGCACGUAUGCCAGCCUGGAAGAAACACCAUCCAGAUCACAGUCACCGCCUGCUGUUGUUCCCACCUGUUUGUGCUGCAGCUGGUCCACAGGCCAUCUGUGCGAUCCGUCCUCCAGGGACUCCUGAAGAAAAGACUCCUUCCUGCAGAACACUGCAUCACCAAGAUUAAGAGGAACUUCAGCAGCGUGGCGGCCUCAGCAGGCAACACCACUCUUAAUGGGGAAGACGGCGUAGAGCAGACGGCCAUUAAAGUGUCGCUGAAAUGUCCCAUUACCUUCCGGCGCAUCCAGCUACCCGCGCGAGGGCACGACUGCAAACAUGUCCAGUGCUUUGAUCUGGAGUCCUACCUGCAGCUCAACUGUGAGAGGGGGACAUGGAGGUGUCCUGUGUGCAAUAAAACAGCAUUAUUAGAAGGUCUGGAGGUGGACCAGUACAUGUGGGGAAUCCUCAAUGCCAUCCAAAAUUCAGAGUUUGAGGAGGUCACUAUAGACCCGACAUGUAGCUGGAGACCUGUCCCCAUUAAGUCUGAGCUACACAUCAAAGAGGACCCCGACGGACCACUUGCCAAGCGCUUUAAGACCAUGAGCCCCAGUCAGAUGACCAUGCCCAAUGUGAUGGAGAUGAUCGCCCAGCUAGGGCCUGGCCCUGUCCCAGGACCCGGACCUGGCCACGGACCAGGUCCCAGCCCCUACCCCCAACACCCUGGUCAGCAUGGCAGUGGGAACGGGGGAGAUUACCCCGGAGCAGGCAACAGUUACCACAGCCAGGGGAACUUUGACUUCCCUCAUGGGAACCCCUCCGGCGGCGGAGUCGGAGGAGGUGGAGGAGGAGGAGGUCCCCCUAUGAAUGACUUCAUCCAGGGCCCCCAGCUCUCCCAUCCCCCGGAUGGACCUGGUGGUCUCCUCUCGCAGGACAAGCCCCUCAACCACGCCAUGAAUGAUGCAAUGUCCCAUGCCGAUCAGUCCCAUAACUCCAUGCAGCAGAUCUUGCAUGCGUCUCCCCACCCUGGCAGCCAAACAGGGCCGCCCUUGCAUCACAGCGGCCAGCCAUCGCAGCCGCCUCGCCAGUCGCAGCCUCAGCCGCAGCCUCAGCAGCCUGGGCAGAACAGUCACCCCCACGGCGAUCUGAACUUUAACCCCUCCUCAGACGGGCAGAUGGGUCAGGGAGCCCAGGAUAUGCCUGAACCCUCCCUGGAUCUGCUUCCGGAGCUGGCCAACCCAGACGAGUUGCUAUCAUACCUGGACCCCCCUGACCUUCCCGCCAACAGCAACGACGACCUCCUCUCCCUCUUUGAGAACAACUAGCCCCUCGCCUCCCUUACAAACCCUCCUGCACCUACGGGGGGUCGCGACGUGUUUGACUGUCCGUCCGCAGGCACUUCACCGGCCUCCUGUCGACACUUCCUAUGCUCACGCACGCACACACGUACACGGUCUCUCUACAGAUAAUGUGUGGCAUAGGAGCGCCGCCGAGGAGAGGCGCCUGUUUGGGAACUCCAAGGGAGAAAGCAGGAUCGCCGUUCAUCCCCGCACUCCCUUUCUUUCCUCCUCCCUCGUGUAAAGAUUCCACGCACCAGUUCCACCGCCUGACUCGUAACACACCAUUUACAGCCAUGUUGGCGGGCACUAAAGUGAUAUUAUAUAUAUACAUAUAUGAUAUUUGUGACUUUUUCAACUGAAAACUGUGCAGCUAUAAUAAUCAUGUGUAAACAACACGGAGGAGAGACAGAAACGUGUUGUAGCUUUGUUUUUUUUUUGUUUUUUUAUUAUUUUAAUUUUCUUUUUGUGAAAAAAAAAACAAAAAACAUUGUCUUGUAAGAGUGUUUUUAAUUUCAGAUGUGUUCUUCCAAAACUGUGGCACAUGCCAUGCCCUUCGACCCCAGACAGAGUGUGUGUGUGUGUGUGUGUGCGUGUGUGCGUGCGUGUUUGCGUGUGUGUGUUUCUGUGUGUGCGACUGUGCGUGUAUGUGUGACUGGAUAACUGGAACUCAUCAGAAUCAGAGCACUGAAAGGACGAGCUAAAAUGUCCUCCAGUGUCAGCAGAGGAAAUGAGUGCACAGUGUGCAAUGUUGUGUGUAUAUACCUGUGUGUGUGUGUGUGUGUGUGUGUGUGUGCGUCCUUUUUUGUUUGCCUGCGAGCGUUUGUGAAAGACAGCGGGGAGAGAGCGUUUGAGACGGAGGAGGGAAGAAAAAUAUUGAAUGGGAGAAAGAGAAAACAAUCGGGUUGAGGAGGCGACUCUCCAGCCAGUCUGCAGUUGUUCUUGUGUAUUUAUUGUAAUGUUUCGCUCUUCCUCAUCAAACAGCACCAUUUUGUUCACAAGUGCAUGUGUGCCAACGGCUCCUGUUGUCUUUGUCCAGCCUAAACGUGCUUGAUCAAAUCAUUUUUUUUCUCCUCUUUAUAUUUAUUAUUUUAUUUCAUCUUUUUUUUUAUGACUGUUGUCCUUUUUUAUGUGUUUUAUCUUUGUCCCACAUUGAAUUUAAUCAGAUACACAUCACCAAAGUUGUCCUAUGCUUUUUCUAGGGGGUUUGGACCUGGAUAUUAAGUUGGUGCAAAAGCGGGAUUCCAACAUCCUACAGUCGUCUACAGAAGUUUUUAAAUCACUGUAUUUUAUAGAAGCGCCUGUGUGAUUGUACUGAUCUUUCCUUUUAUCGUUUUGUUACUGUUGAACUGCAUCUUUUUGGGAAAAAACAUCCUGCAUGAUCCAACAGUGUUUCCAGAGCUGUUGUAUAUACCCUUUGUGAAUAUGUUGUGACUGUACAGUACUGUACCUAUCUAUUACUGGCAACUACAUGGUACUGUAUGUCUGUCAAGGACUACACACACUCACAAACACACACAGAAUCCCUUAUAAUGAAAUUGAUCCAAAUGCACUCUGACUGGCCUUGUGCUGAGUAUCUGUGUAUUGUGUACAGUGCUUCCAUUACCCUGUGACAGUGCAUCAGUGGACAGCAGGCAGGUUUUAAGAGGGUUUUUUUCUCUUCUUUUUAUAUUCUUUGAAUAUAAAAAUCAGUCAGCUUUAAAUGAGCUGCUGUUUUCUGUCUAAAAGAUUGUUAAUGCAGCUUAGAGGUCCAAAUUUCUCCCAAAAAAUAAUUGGUUUAAUAUUAUCGGAAGCGACCUCAUGCUCUUUAUUUAAAGUGAGAAUGUGCAAAAAAGUCCUCUGGAUUGUUCCGAGGCCUAAUAAUGACCUUUUGAUAACUAUGAUUAGCAAAAAAUGUGUCAACAUGAUUUGUGUGUUUUCAUCACAUUUUCUAUUGUUUUAAGUUAUUGUUUUUAUGACAGCUAUAAUUUGGUUUACACAGUUUUAUGCAGUACAGUCAAUGACUUUAAAGUAUACUGUAUGUUGUCAGAGAAAAGUUCCCCCCUUUGGAGAUUUGUGAUCCGUUUAAGAACCAAAUAUGGCUUGACUGAUCUUAAAAAUUGAUCACACCACUUGCAUAUAACCCAUCCGAAUGAUCAGAUGUUGUUUGUGUUUGUCUAUGUGUUUGUUAAAGACAAUGCACUGCCGCAUUGGGAUGUUUUAUUUCCCUACACAGUGUGUAACUGUAAGUGUAACCUUUCACAGAAUCACGUCUAGUAAUUUGAGCGACACAAAUUGUACUGUCUGAUUGCAGACGUUCGAAAUUGAGUUGAGGAUUUAAAAGAGAAUGCAAUUAAUAUUGUUAUAAAUGAAAUUUGGGGGAGACCCCCUCCUAUUUGCAUUACAAGGGGAGGUUGUGGCAGAGGGUUGGGGGUGGGGUCGGGGAUGCAAUGGAUACAUGUAUAUAAUGUAAAUGACAAAUAGAGACACGUUAACAGAAAUGUAUUCAUUUUCUCCAGGGGGAGUGUGCAUAGUGUAUUUAGAAUUUGUAAAGCUUCCAUCCUCCUGUCAGACAUGGAAUUGGCAAAAUGAGUCUGUGUUUGAUUGCGUCUGUGCAGACCUCUCUAACCACGCCUGUUCAUUUCUGUAAGAUACUUUAUGUACCCCUCCACGUGGGGUCUCCAAGAAAAAAAGAGACAUUUUUCCUUUGUGUAAUAUUAAACUUCUGUGUAUUUCUCUA